GAAUAGCUUCCCUUGGCCCUUGAUUCAAGAUGGCGAAUCGCACUGUAAAAGAUGCCCAUUCGAUAAAAGGGACGAAUCCUCAAUAUUUAGUGGAAAAGAUUAUCCGAACAAGAAUUUAUGAAUGCAGAUACUGGAAAGAAGAAUGCUUUGCCUUAACAGCUGCUCUUCUUGUGGACAAGGCAAUGGAGCUCAAGUACAUUGGUGGUGUGUUUGGAGGAAACAUUAAACCACUUCCUUUCUUAUGCCUGCUGCUCAAAAUGCUUCAGAUACAACCUGAGAAAGACAUAGUUGUGGAGUUUAUAAAGAAUGAAGACUUCAAGUAUGUGAGAGCAUUGGGGGCCACAUAUAUGAGGCUGACUGGAACCUCCGUUGAUUGUUACAAGUACCUGGAGCCUUUGUAUUACGACUACAGAAAACUGAAAAGGAUGGACAGAAAUGGAGCGUUCCAUGUCGUUCAUAUGGAUGAGUACAUAGAUGAACUGCUGAGAGAAGAAAGAAUAUGUGACAUCAUCUUGCCAAGAGUACAGAAACGUUACGUGCUUGAGGAGACGAAUGUUCUGGAGCCUCGGGUGAGUGCUGUGGAGGAAGACAUUGAAGAAGGCGAGUCAGAGGAGGAAGAAGAGAUUGUCAAGGAGGUGAAAAAAGCUCCAUCACCUGAGCGCAAGGUCCACAAAGAGAAGCCACGAAGGUCACCAUCACCACACAGACGGAGAAGCAGUCCUAACAGAAGAAGAGAUUCUCAUCGUCAUCACAGUCCUAGCAAACGAAGGUCACGGUCAAGGGACAGAGCCGAUAAAAGACACAGAUCACCUGAACGUCGGUACAAAGAGGAUGAUCGGCACAAACAUAGCAGCAAGAAGAGCAGGCACGACCGAGACGACGACCGCCAUCGUGACCGGCACAGUGAGCGAGACCGUCACCAUAGAGACAAGGGAGACAAGGAGCAUCGUCGUCAUAGAGAUGAGAAGAAAGGGCGUGGUCGGGAGGAGAAAAGUUCCAAGAGCUCUAGCACAACGGACCAGGAGAUCAAAGAGGCUAAUGAGAUGCGGGCUAGGCUAGGUCUUCCCCCUCUGAAACCUUAGAGCUUUCUGUAGACUGAUAGACUAAUAUUGGUGGAGUUGGUUUUGUUUUGUUUGUUUGUUGUUGUUUUUUUUAGAGGGGGGGGGAUAUAACUGUUUUAUGGAAAUUCUCCGCCAUGUUCAUAUCGUGGAGUUUUGUUUACAUGAGAACUGUUGGCCUGUUCUAAGUCUUUGGUGUACUUUCGUACUGAUUUUUGAGAGCGAUAAGUGUUCGGAUCCCAGACAGUAUCUUGACUUUUUCUUGGGGUUAGAACUUGGUACUACUCAUUUCUGGCAUGUUCAUUUGGAAUUGAUUGAUGUCCUGUUUGACUCCCAAGUGUUUUACUCCCUAGCUCGGAAGUAUGGGGGUGUGGCGGCCGAAUGUCAGUUUUUACUUAUGUACAUAGUUUGUAAUGUUUAUUAAAUGCAUUGAAAGCUA